UUCAAACCACCUAUAAGACCCGAAGCCGGUCCUUGGUGAAAAAACAGAGAGCUUCUUUUCCAGUCAAAAAAUUUAUCUUUUUCUUCCCCUUUUCCCUUCAUAUAUCUCCCAUGUUCCUCACAGCUUCGUUACUAAGAAAAGCCUCUCCCUUUCUUGCAUUCAAAUAGCUUUGUCAUCUCUUUCUCUUGGCUUAUAUCUCUCUCACUUGCCCCCAUCAACCCUUGUCAUUUGGAAUCAUUUCUACUCUCAUGUUUUGGUGGUUUGGUCUGUUUUAGUGGGAGAAUCUUGGAUACCCACAUAUCCUUCUCAUACUGCAAGCUCAACUUCCAUGCUUCUUGGUUCUUCUCCAAUACUUCAAUUUCCUUGCUUUUGUUAAAUUAUAAUUGUUCUUGCAGCAUUUUGUACAUGGAAAAGGCCAUGGAUGGGGAGCAAAAGACUCUCAUCGCUGAGCUGACACAAGGGAAAGAGCUAGCAGAGCAGCUAAGGAAGCAUCUUAACUCUAUUUCGUCGCCUGAAACGCGUCAAUUCCUUGUUGAGAAGAUACUUUCCUCCUACGAGAAAGCACUUUCCAUGCUAAAUUGGGGUCCUUGUGCGGUUGAGAUUAAGCCCACCAUUAGUACAUUGGAAUCACCAUAUUACUAUGCCAAUAGCAGCCCUAGAAGUGAUGUCUCAGAUCAAGACUGCAAGGAUCACUAUCAAAAAAAUGUUUUCAAGAAGAGAAAGACAGAACCCAGAUGGACUGAACAAGUGAAGGCUUGUUCAGGGACGGGUCUGGAAGGGCCACAUGUCGAUGAUGGUUAUAGCUGGAGGAAAUAUGGCCAGAAAGAUAUUCUUGGAGCUAAUUUUCCAAGAGGAUACUACAGAUGCACUCACCGUCACUCACAAGGUUGUUUGGCCACGAAACAAGUUCAAAGAUCAGAUCAGGACCCUACAAUUUUUGAAAUCACCUAUCGAGGAAGACAUACAUGUUUCAAAGCCUCUCGUUUAGCCGUAGCCUCAGCAUCCCUGAUAAAUGCCAAGUGUUCGAAGCAAGGCAAGGAUGGUUGUCAAUUAGAACAACCUGAACAGAAACCAAAGCCAUUAAAAGAGUACUCAUCUUUCAACUUCAGAGAAGGACUUAAAAGCCAGGAGUGUGAAACUGUGGACGACAUAUUUCCAUUCUUUUCUUUUCCAGAUGCUUCCUCAGGGAAUGGAGAUGAGGGAAAUGAUAUUUUCAAGGAGUCUAUGAUGGAAAACGAUUUUUUGGGUAGUUUAUCUCCUGCAUUUAUAUCUCCAGCCACUUCUGACUCUAGCCACCUGGUUAUGUCCCGGUGCCACAUGAACGGAAUAGACCACAACGUGAAAACGCCGGAAUCUAAUUCACCCACAACUUCGACUACCAAUUCGUCAAUCGGAGAUUGGGAUAUCUCAUUAGAUAACGUGGAUUUUGACAACGAUUUUCCUUUUGAUAACCCAGAAUUAUUUGCUUAAUUAAUAUCAUACAUCACUUGAUGUUGAUGGGUUUGUUGAUCCUAGCUAGCUCUGAAAGAGAGACUAAAAGGGUGUUCAUAUAUCUCCUUUUGUGCCGGCCCAGAGAAAUUUUCAGUUAAUUAGGUAGUCACAACUUUGUUUUUUUUCCUAUUUUUAAAUUAUCAAGUUAUUUUUCCAAGUACUUGUUGUUUUUUUCCGAGAGGAACUCCAGUGGCUACUUCUUGUAACAUGUGUAGAAUGUAGAAUCAAUCAUGAUAUUAGCGAAAUAAAAAGUAUUAAGCCCCAAA